AUGACCAAAUUGCAACGACCGCGCUCUAUGCUUCCAAAAAGCUUUGUAGACGCAACUGAAAUCAAAUUGGACAAAAACAAGAGUGUUGAGACUUCACCCCAGCAUCCAAGUACUCCAGAAGUGCGUCGUGAAUCCAAUGAACGUCGGAUUAAAAAGUCUGUAACACUUUUUUCAAAGAAAGAUGUUGCUUUUGAAGUUGUAGGCCCGUGUCCCUUCUAUUCAGCGACACCGGGGUGUCUCUCUGUGUUUAUUGUCAAUAAUAGAAUAUUUUAUAUAUACGAUGACGGGGUGUAUUACACCGACUCAAACACUUUAGAGCUCACAAAGACGAAAACAAUAAGUCGCCACACCGUCGACUUGUGUUACUCGAUGAACACAUAUUUCUCAAUUCAGAGUGGCAAAGUCACCAAGAGCAAAGAGACGAAGUACUCGACCUUUGAUAGUAUAUUACUUCCAAUCGAGAUAUCGUCCGAUGACAAUGAGGUGUAUAUCAUCAACUUCUUUGGUGAGGUGCAACGUCUCAACAAAGAUGGUAUCAAACACCUCUCUUUCGCUGAAAAAGUCUUUCGGUGUGUAACCACCUCCGAGAACAAAGCGUUUUUGUUGAGCAGUGGGAGACUCGAGACAAGUCCCAAAACGCAUGGGAAGAAGAAUAUCAUUGACAUCGUCAAAGGGACGAAAAUAUGGUGUGUCCGAUCAGACUGUUAUAUUGAGAGUAUCGAUGGGGUUGUUGUCGACAACAUGAGGAUGCUCAGAGUCUAUUCUGGGUAUGGAGAGAUAGUUGGAGAGAAUGAAGAAACCAAGUUGUGUAAGUUGAGACUUGUUGAUGGGAAGUAUCAAUGGGAAGUGCUGAAGAAUUGUGAAGGGCGGCAGAUCAUAGGUGGGGCCAAUUUCGUUGUAUUAGGGAAGCCACGCGAUGUUGUGUCGUUUUUGCCUUUCAUCCUCCAAGCCAGAAAGUUGACGAGACAGAUCGAGGCGUACAAGGAAUAUUACGAGACACCGAUUGGGAUGUUAACGAAUGAGCCCGAGCUUGAAGAAAAGGCUAAGACUCGGCGCUCCACACAACGGACGAAGAGUGUAACUGACAUUAAGAAAGAUACUGGGAAGAAGAAGAACACGCGUAAAGGAAGUAAAGUUGAAAUGGACGUUAUAGAGUCUUUAGACACCUUCUCGAAUACGUUAGAACUGUUUAGUGAGCCUUUACACAGUCUAUUAAAGUUGUUAUGGGCAUUAAAUAUGAAACUCACUCGACUCUAUACAACUCCAAGUCGUGACGAAUGUUUUGGGGAAGCGAUUAAAAAGUUUUUAGAAGACUCCACUAAGUACUAUUUGAUCUAUGCUAAAGAGUUCGUAGGCUUCUGUAAAAACAUCCCCAAAUGGAAGACUGAAAAUCCGUGGAAAAGUUAUGAGGAAGUGAUCCCAAAUGAUAUCUCCCGCGUUUUGUUCGACAAACGCGCCGAUAUUCUGACGGUUUUAUUCUCGCCGUUUAAAUUACUUUCGCUCUUUGCGGCUCAACUUGCCGAAUUGAACGCAUUUUUGGUCGAAACCACAGACGAGUACAUGUUCAACAAAAACUCAUACAAUUUGGUCUUAAAUUUGCUUGAUAGAGUCGACGAGACUCUUCAACUUGGGAACACGACGACAUGGGGGUAUUUAUAUUCCAACGAAAAUUGGGUCCUAGUAUUGAGCACAGGGACUAUAGAUGAUAUUAUAGAAAUCGUUCAAAGUGGUCCUGAAACAGAAGUAGGGUUUAGUGAAGUGUUUAUUAACACAAUAACUUUAUAUUCGCCUAUAAGUGUGGUUUUGGGGAAGUUACUUGAACGUAAGGGCGAGCGCCUCCCAAGCUUAUACACACAAAACGUUUUGGAGAUAUUGAAAUUGUGGUUAAAACAAGACCCACUUCAGUUCAAUGAAGUCACUUCUAGUGUUAUGCAAAAAAUCGAAGACUUUUUAAUAAUCUCCAAAAAAGACUCAACUGCCGAUCUUAAAGAUGAAGUCGUCAAACUAUUAAAUGCAGCAAAGACACUUAAAGCAGUCGUGGUAAAGGAACUUGGGCCAAUGCAAAUGAAUUUCACACCAAAUGACUUGUGUAAAGGCUUUGAUGAUCAUGGACACUUCGCAGACAUCAUGACUUACAUUCACAAAAUGCUGUUCAACGCAAUUACAGAAAGAGACAUCGUCUUGUUCUUUAAAAAGACACAACCAACUAACAUCAAAAGGAUAACUACUUCAUUCAAUUGGCUCUCCGAAUUGCUCUCGAAACUGAUCAACACAUGUCCAAUUAGUUUCCAAACAGUCUUCUUCGACUUCACUGUCAAAACCGCUGAACGCUUUUAUACACAACACAACUUCUUUGGGCUGUGUGCAAUCGUUUUUGCGUUCCAUAAAGUCCCCGACUUCGGGUAUGUCAAGUCGAAUUUGUCUAAAGACUCCCAAAGCUCUAUAGAAAAAUUUGAAAAGAUAUGUUCCUUCGAAAACAAUUACUCGGCACUUCGAAAUGAAAUAUCAAAGACAUCUCCACCUCUCAUUCCAUUUGGUGGUAUUCUGACAAAAGAUUUAUUGGUCGUCGACGAGAUGUAUGCCUCAUUCAUCAAAAAGACUGGACACUUCAACGUGAACAAACUCCGGACGAUUCACAAAGUUGCGCAACUCUAUGAGUCAUACAAAGAUAAAACUCCUCUAAUCUCCCCACGCGUCUCACAUGAAUUACUCGACCAAAUCCGACAAAUCCAUAAUAUUUAA